UCAAUUUGGACUUCCAAAUAUUUAGGCCUUUAUUGGGCUGGGUUGAGUUUGUUUUAAGGCCCGUUAAGCCAUCACCGAACUGGACCAUUAAGGGUGCUUUGAAGGCGGAACCCACCAUAGCUGAACCUCCUUCCAAGGAAGAAAUUCAAGAUAUAAUCACCACCGCCGCCGCCAGUACAGCAGACAUUGAAAAUGAGGAAGAAGCAGGGGAUGAACGCAUGGAUGAUGCCGGUGGCGCCGUCGAUGAAGUUGCGCGAGCACUCAAUGUUGCUGAUGCUCUCGGAAAGGCUGAUAAAUUGGACGAUAUUGCCCUCGGUUUGAAGGAGCUUGACAUGGAACAUUACGAUGAUGAAGAUGAAGGAGUUGAGGUAUUUAGUUCCGGGAUUGGUGAUCUUUAUUAUCCAAGUAGCGACCUGGAUCCUUAUAUCAAAGAUAAGAACGAUGAUGAUGACUCUGAGGAACUCGAAGACAUGCUCAUUAAUCCAACUGAUUCUAUCAUUAUUUGUGCUCGUACUGAGGACGAUCUCAGUCUUCUCGAGGUUCAUAUACUUGAGGACGUCGGUACUAGUGAGAUGAACAUGUAUGUCCAUCAUGAUAUCAUAAUUCCUGCCUUUUCGCUAUCCACAGCUUGGCUUGACUGCCUUCAAGGAAGAGAGAAAGGAAACUUCUUAGUUGUUGGUUCAAUGGAACCGUCAAUAGAAAUUUGGGACCUUGAUGUUAUUGAUGCAGUGCAGCUAUGCAUGGUUUUAGGUGGCAUUUCAGAGAAAAAGAAGAAGGGGAAGAAGAAGUCAAUCAAAUACAAAGAUGACAGUCACACUGACUCUGUACUUGGUCUUGCCUGGAACAAAGCGCUCAGGAAUGUACUUGCUAGUACCACUGCUGACAAGCAAGUCAAGAUUUGGGAUGUGGCUACUGGGAAGUGUGAGAGUACAAUAGAGCAUCACUUAGACAAGACAAGUACAGUUGCUUGGAAUCAUCAUGAACCAAAAAUUCUUCUUAUUGGUUCAUUUGAUCGUAUUGUGGUCCUAAGGGAUGGAAGGAUGUCAUCCCAUCCUGGUUAUAAGUGGUCAGUCACAGCUGAUGUCGAGAGCUUGGCCUGGGAUCCACACACUAACCACUAUUUUGUGGUGUUGAGUCUCGAGGAUGGUACUGUCAAGUGUUUUGAUGUUCGGACCGCAAUGUCUGAAUCCACAUCUGAUCUAAGUUCUACAUUUACUCUUCAUGCACAUGACAAAGCUGUUACCUCAGUAUCCUAUAAUGUGUCAGCACCUAAUCUACCUGCUACUGGAUCGAUGGACAAAAUGGUAAUGCUUUGGGAUUUAUCGAACAACCAACCAUCUGUUGUGGCAUCUAAAAACUCCAAUGCUGUAACUGUAUUUUCUAUUUCAUUCUCAGAGGACAAUCCCUUUGUGUUGGCUAUAGGAGGCUUAGAGGGAAAAUUGCAAGUUUGGGACACUUUAUCUGAGUCUGCUGUCUCUCAGCGUUAUGAAAAUUACAACAAGAAUAGAACUCGGUCGUGUUAUAAUUGA